AAAUAAUUAAUUAAUAAAGGAUGAAGAAAUUGGCUGAAUUGACAAAUAAGGAGAUAAUUAACUUAUUAUCAAAACAAGCCCAUUUGGAGUUGUAAUCAAGUUUCUUAUACUUGUAAUAUGCUUAUUGGUUUGAUAAUAACAAUUACGAAGGAAUAGGAAAGUUUUUCAAAGCCGAAAGUGAAGAGGAGAGAAAACAUAGUGUUUAAAUAUUUGACUACUUGAAUGUGAGAGGGGUUCAAGUGACAAUUGAUCCAUAAUUAGCAGCUUUUCAAAAUUUGAAGAUCUAAUAUGAAAAACCAGGAGAUUAUUUUGAAGCAUAUUUAGCAAGAGAACAUUUGAAUUAUUCUCUCCUGGAUUAGAUAGGAAAAUAAGCAUAAUAAAACGAAGAGGUAUUGACACACAAAUUCAUCGGCUCAAUGUUAGAAGAUCAAGCAUCAUCAGUAGAUGAGGCAGAAAAAUUAUAUGCCAAAGCCUAAGCUUAUUCUGCUUUUCCUGGAUUGUUUUACCAUUUAGAUGCAUAAAUUAAGAAAGGAAGCCAAUCAUUUGAUACAUGGAGAGUUAAGCAAUGAUGAUUUGAGUUUGUAUUGGUUUUUUAGAAUUAAUUAUA